AUGUUGCAUAACAGGGCGCUGCAGAAUUGCCCAUCAGGCACUUGCAUACGACCUUCAACAAUUGGAACUAGUGAUAAAAUAGUCAAAUUUUGUCAGCUCAAGUGUAAGGAAGUCGGGGUAUCUUGCAUUUUCACUAGCAUUCGACAAAAAGUUCUGGGAGUUGAGUCUGACCUACAAAAGUUUCAUCUCUUCAUAAGCCAUGUUGAUAGGAGUGGGUCUAGGUCUGGUUCUGCCUUUGCCAUUCAGCCACAAUUAAGAGUUGGGUUUCCUAGUACUACAUUUCCCAUGAAUGCUUUUAGCCAUGGAUCAUCAGAGAGUGGUAUCAGGUUGGGUUCACCUUGUUAUGAUGCUUUUGCGAAGAGGUCUUUUUGUCAGAUCCCAAUAGCAGUGACAAAUAAAAAUGAUCAUGUGGCUGGAAGGAGUGGUGGGAAUAAUUCCUCAACCAAAGUGUUCAAUAAGCAUUGGAAGCAGGCUAAGUCCAUGGCUGCUCACAGGCAAAAUUUCGAAGGUGGACCACAGGCGCUUGGAAAAAGCGGUUCUACCUCGAAUCUAUCAGCUCUUAAGGAUAAUGUUUUGGUCACUUCAAGAGACCAUCUUGUUUGGGAUGGCAAGAAGGAUGUGAAUCUAGGGGUUGCAGGCUCACAUGUUGGUGAUACCGAUGAAGCACCUAAUGCUAAAGGAGAACGGAAGCAGAAGUCCAGAAGCAAGAAAAGUAAUAGUCAAUCUUCUGAUGCUAUUGCUUCUUCUCGUGCAGCAAAUCAGCAAAAAGUUUCUAAAAACCUUUCCCAAGAAAGGAAGCCCAAUGUUACCAAUAAUAACCAAUCUCCUCUGGCUUCAGCGGUUAGCAAUCUUUGUGUGUAG